GCUGGGGCAGUACUGGCGUUGCACCGAGUUGCCAGCCGAGGAGGCAGCGGUGGCGGUUGGUUCGCCCCCAUCAUCUCUCAGAGCCAUGAGCCGAAAGAAUCCCUCGCUUCAGUUCCCGCUGCUGCUGCUGCUGCUGCUGCUGCUGACGCCACAACCCCCGGUCCUGUUGGCGGACACUGCGGCGCCCUCACCGGUCAACCCCUGUUGUUACUACCCGUGUCAGAACCAGGGCGUCUGUGUCCGCUUUGGCCUCGACCGCUACCAGUGUGACUGUACUCGCACGGGCUUCUCGGGCCCCAACUGUACCGUCCCUGAGAUCUGGACGUGGCUGCGGAAUUCCCUGCGGCCCAGCCCCUCAUUCACGCAUUUCCUGCUGACGCACGGGCGCUGGUUCUGGAAGUUUGUGAAUGCCACCUUCAUCCGCGAAGUGCUCAUGCGCCUGGUGCUCACAGUUCGGUCCAACCUCAUCCCCAGCCCCCCAACCUACAAUUCGGCACAUGACUACAUCAGCUGGGAGUCCUUCUCCAACGUGAGCUACUACACCCGGGUCCUGCCCUCCGUACCCAAAGACUGCCCCACACCUAUGGGGACCAAAGGGAAGAAACAGUUGCCAGAUGUCCAGCUUCUGGCCCAGCGCCUGCUGCUGAGAAGGAAGUUCAUUCCUGCCCCCCAGGGCACCAACAUCAUGUUUGCCUUCUUUGCACAACAUUUCACCCACCAAUUCUUCAAGACCUCUGGAAAGAUGGGUCCUGGCUUCACCAAGGCCUUGGGCCAUGGGGUGGACCUUGGUCACAUUUAUGGAGAUAACCUGGAACGACAGUAUCGCCUGCGGCUCUUCAAGGAUGGGAAACUCAAGUACCAGGUGCUGGGCGGAGAGGUGUACCCGCCUUCCGUGGGACAGGUGUCUGUGUUGAUGCACUACCCGCCGGGGGUUCCGCCCGAGAAGCAGAUGGCCGUGGGCCAGGAGGUGUUUGGGCUGCUCCCGGGGCUGAUGCUCUUCUCCACCAUCUGGCUGCGUGAGCACAACCGCGUGUGCGACCUGCUGAAGGAGGAGCACCCCACCUGGGAGGACGAGCAGCUCUUCCAGACCGCCCGCCUCAUCCUCAUAGGGGAAACCAUCAAAAUUAUCAUUGAAGAGUACGUGCAGCACUUGAGUGGCUAUUUCCUGCAGCUCAAGUUUGACCCGGAGCUGCUGUUCCGAGCCCAGUUCCAGUACCGCAAUCGCAUCGCCAUUGAGUUCAACCAUCUCUACCACUGGCACCCACUCAUGCCUGACUCCUUCAGAGUGGGCUCACAAGAGUACAGCUACGAGCAGUUCUUGUUUAACACCUCCAUGCUGGUGGACUAUGGUGUUGAGGCGCUGGUGGACUCCUUCUCUCGCCAGAGGGCUGGCCGGAUUGGUGGGGGCAGGAACUUUGACCCCCACGUCCUGCACGUGGCCAUAGAUGUCAUCAAGGAGUCCCGAGACCUUCGCCUGCAGCCCUUCAAUGAGUACAGAAAGCGGUUUGGCAUGAAGCCUUACACCUCUUUCCAGGAGCUCACGGGAGAGGAGGAGAUGGCUGCGGAGUUACAGGAGAUGUACGGCGACAUCGAUGCUUUGGAGUUCUACCCGGGGCUGCUCCUGGAAAAGUGCCAGCCCAACUCCAUCUUUGGGGAGAGUAUGAUAGAGAUUGGGGCUCCGUUUUCCCUCAAGGGCCUCCUGGGAAAUCCCAUCUGUUCGCCGGAGUACUGGAAACCCAGUACGUUCGGUGGUGAGGUGGGCUUCAACCUCGUCAACACAGCCUCGCUGAAGAAACUGAUCUGCCUCAACACCAAGACCUGCCCCUACGUCUCCUUCCGUGUGCCAGACUACCCCGGAGAGGACGGCUCGGUGGUGGAGCGACCAUCCACGGAGCUCUGAGGGUGCAGGGAAGCAGCCUUCUGGAGGGAGGAGCUUUGCUCCUGAGGGGGAUGGUCUUCAGUGUUGGUUUCCCUGCGUGGCCCUGUGAGAGCCGGCACUGACGUUUAGAACUUUGGAUCUCACCGUUGUCUAGAAUGUUGUGACUUUGCCAUUCUAGGAUGCUGAAUUCUUUUUUAACUAAGAAAGUUGGGAGUGGUUUUCUCUGGUUUCCCAGAGAUUGGCUCCUUGUUGGCAACCCAGAAAUGUAUAUAAUAAGGCAGGGUGUGGUUGCACCCACACCUUAAUCCCAGCACUUGGGAGGCAGAGGCAGUUGGACCUCUGAGGAUGAGGCCAGUCUGGAUUACACAGUGAGUCUAGGUCAGCCAUGCUGCAGAGUGAAACCCUGUCUCAAACCAACAACUUUAGAAUGUAGAACUCCUUAAAAAAAAAUCGCUUGAAAGUAAAAAGGGGUUCUUAAUUUUCUUUCUAGAAUCUGGGGGCAUCUCCAGAAUGUUGCCAAUCUGAUUGUUGACUCAGAAAGUCAUGUUCCUAGACAGUGAUCCAUAACAUGGGCCAAAACAGUCGUCGCCUAAAUGUCUAGAAUGUGGAUUGGCUUCAUUUUCCUGUUCAGUGAAAUGGACACAGAACAAAAGAACCCAGUGUCCAACAAGGACUGCCUUGCCCAAGCAUGUGUGUACAGCAAAGGGCAAGGAAGUGAGGUUGUGUUCUUGGGAGCCACACUUAGACCCUUUCCAAUGAUGCAGAGGGGGUAUGUGGACUCCUCCACAGUCCUAGUUGGAAGCCACCACAGCUCUGUCCCAAUACAGGUCUUUGUCCGUGGCAGCUGUUUCUUUUAAUAAAAUUCUCUUUCCAAAGAU